AUGAGAUUGUUGACAUUUGAUUUAGAGAAAAAGGUAAGGGUACGUAGGCAGCCUGAAGUUACUAGGUGCAGCCGCGGGUUAAACUUUACUUUUGUGUGUUUUGAGUGUGGUGCGAACUUUGUCAUUGGUCCCGAGAUUCAGGUGAGGUCGAGGGGUGUUCGUGUUAGGAGGUUGAAUCCUC